AUGACAUCCAAGAACCACCAGAAACCGCCCUUCCGCGCCGAACACAUGGGCUCGCUCCUGCGGCCCAAGGCCCUCACUGACAAGCGCGUCGCCUUGGACGGGAAAAAAGCCGUAGAGAUUGCAGACGACCAGGAACUCAACCGCCUCGAGGAGGAGGGCGUGCGCGAGAUCGUCCGGACGCAGCUGGACCUCGGCUUCCACGCCAUCAACGACGGCGAGUACCGCCGCCACCAGUUCUGGGGCAACUUCUUCCCCGGACUGGAGGGGUUCGAGGAGGUCGACACGCCGAGCUGGGAUAUAUUUCGCAUGUACGUGCCAGACAUUGCGGCGUUUAUUGAGAGCGAUCACAAGCCCGGCGAGUCCAUUGUCUGCACCGGCAAGAUCAAGCACAAGGGAAGCACCUACCUGAGAGAGUGGGAGUUCCUCAAGAGCAACAUCCCUCCUGAAAGCGUCAAGGAGGCCAAGUUGACCUUGCCCGCGCCCGAGUGGUAUCAUCUCCGCUACCAAAAGGGCCACGCCUACCCCAAGGACGUCUACGCCAACGACGAAGAGUACUUUGCCGAUAUCGCCAAAGCGUACCGCACCGAGCUUGAGGUUCUUUAUGAGCACGGUGUCCGCAAUGUGACGAUUGACGAUCCCAACCUGGCGUACUUCUGUUCAGAAAAGAUGCUCCAAGGCUUCAAAGAAGCAGGCGAAGACUCAGACGCCCUCCUCCAAUCCUACAUCAAACUCUACAACGACUGCAUCACCUCCCGCCCCGCAGACAUGCACCUCGGCAUCCACCUCUGCCGCGGCAACUUUGCCUACUCGCGCCACUUCUCCGAAGGCGGCUACGACCGCAUCGCCUCGCGCCUCUUCAACGAGAUCAACGCCGACACCUACUUCCUCGAGUACGACACCGACCGCGCGGGCGGGUUCGGACCGCUGAAGGAGCUACCGGCGCACAAGAACGUCGUGCUGGGCGUCAUCACGUCAAAGUUCCCUGAGCUCGAGGAUGUUGGGAAGCUGAGGGAGAGGGUAUUCCAAGCGGCGGAUUAUGUUGCGCAGGGGGCGGGGCAGACGCGCGAGGAGGCGUUGAAGAGGAUUGGGGUUAGUCCGCAGUGUGGGUUUGCGAGUCAUCAUUUGGGAAAUUCGGUUUCGCAUCAGGAUAUGGUGAACAAGUUGAAGCUUGUAAGGGAGUUGGCUGAUUCGAUAUGGCCGGGUGAGCCUUGA